CAUUGAGCUCUACUGGUAGGAUGGACCUGAUCUGUGGAUGAUAUACUUUGAUACACAAACUUGUGUAGCUACAAUAUCAACAGCACCAGAAUCAUCAUGGCGUCUUCCUGUGCACAGCUGUGUCUGAGAUGCAGAAGUCUUCUUUCCUCCAAGACAGCAACUCUUACCUGGCAACAGUCUACUCAAAUUCAACAUUGCACUGUAGUCUCAAGGAUAUCAAACAAAAUCCUAAAUGGAUCUUCAUUUAUCAGUGGCAUUCACACAACAACUCGGGCAAGACAGAUAUGGAAACAACAAACGUGCUAUUACAGUGACUUUUCUAGUAAACAUCUGGAAACUGAAGCUAAGGAAUACGAGCAUACUGAAGAGUUGUUGAGAACUGAUGUUGUGCCAUACAAGAGCCCACUGCUGCCAAUCAGAGAUGCUGCACCAGUAACUGAAAACCAGAUGUCAUUAGAUCUGGAUGCUGCAGCAGAAUUUUCGGCAUUAGAGGAGAUCAGCAAUGAAGAGGCUGUUGCUUUAUCUGUGCUGACUGCCUUACCUCCAGCCUCCACGUCACUUAGACACUACGUGGACAAGUCUGAGACGCUUACCAAACUGGUGCAGCUAGGCGUGAACCUGUGGAAGCUGGAACAAAGGCCCAAUGUGGGCUCUAUGCUGCUGAGGCUCAACUUCAAUACAGAUGUGGCCCCGAGGCUACUGUUCCUCAAAGGGAUUGGGGUGGAGGACUCUCGCCUUGGCUAUAUCAUCUCACACAACCCCUUCAUUCUCACCGAGAAUUUGGAAAACCUUCAGGCCAGAGUAAACUAUCUCAAGUCAAAGAAGUUCAGCUCUGAGACUGUUGUAUCCAUGGUGUCCAGAGCUCCUUAUCUGCUGAACUUCAGUGUGAAGCGACUUGACAACAGACUUGGUUUCUAUCAGCAGCAACUCAGCCUCAGUGCUUCAAAUACUCGGAACAUUAUCGCUCGUCUGCCCAGAUUACUGUGUAGCAGUUUGGAGCCUGUUAAAGAAAAUCUGAAGGUGUGCGAAAUAGAACUCGGCUUUAAGGAAAAUGAGAUCCAGCACAUUGUUUUAGCUGUUCCUAAAGUGCUGACCGCCAACAAGAGGAAGCUAAUCCAAAUAUUUGACUUCCUCCACAACACCAUGAAGGUGCCUCAUCACCUGAUCGUCAAGUUCCCACAGGUCCUCAAUACGAGGUAUUUGCGUGUGAAAGAGCGCCACCUGUUCCUGCAGUACCUCGGAAAGGAUCAAUACGACCCAACUGAACCCAACUAUAUCUCCCUGGAUCGCCUGGUGUCCUUACCAGAUGAGACUUUUUGCACUGAGUUGGCUUUGGCCACAAUGGAAGAUUUUUGUUUGUUCCAAAAGACACUUUGAUUCUUCAUUCUUCAUUUUUCAAAGAAACUACAGAAGAAGUGGUCAAGAGCGUGAGAGAGCACCCAGAUACAUGCAGAACUGUAUUUAAAGAUAGCGGA